CUGCUGACCGACUACAGACGACUUUCAAGUGUAGAAACACUACAGCGGUAUUUUAGUCCAUCUGUAGCAAUGCAUCGCUUCAUUUCCAUCACAUUUUCACUGCUAGUCUUUAUUGGGCUGCAGGUGAGCGUUCAGACCGCAGGAAGACGCUUUGAGAGGAGCAUCGAGAGACACUUCGUAUCGUUGCUGACGGUACCCAAUGGGAUGAAGUGGGGGUCAUGGGCUCAAAGGGAAUUCUGUCCGAGUGGAACAUACGCCGCAGGAUUCAGUCUAAAGGUGGAAGAACUUUCUGUUUUAUCGGAUAACACCGCGCUCAAUGCGAUUCGUCUUCACUGCAUCAGUCUCUUCAAAGGCUCAGGCUUAGAUGAGCUUGAUAGUUUCGUUGAGUCGAACGUUGGAAGCUGGGGUCAGUGGACUAAAAUCAAAUGGUGUCCUUCUGGAUUCUUGAAAGCUUUUCAGCUGAGAGUCGAAUCUUCCCAAGGAAUUAGAGACGACACGGCUGUAAACAACAUCAGAUUCAAUUGCACUGAAGGGUCUUUGCUGUUGGGUGACGGCACAGACAAAGGCGAGUGGGGCGACUGGAGCUCGUCUUGUCAGGGAAGAGGGAUGUGUGGCAUCAUGACGCGGAUAGAAGAAAAGCUGAAAUUCGGAGACGACACGGCUCUCAAUGAUGCACGCAUGUUCUGCUGCGAAUAAGGUGUAAAGAAGACGACAAGAAGAACAGCAGAAAAAGUAUAAUAACUGAUCAAAUACUAAGAUGAACCAUCUCUCAGCACAGUUUUGUAAGGGAUCAUGCUCAAUCAUAGCAUUAUCACCAAAUAAAGAACAGGAUAAUAAAGACCCCAAAAGCCA